AUGUCCAAUGCCCUCGUCUUCUGUAAACCCAUACUUUCCCGCUUCCGCCAUCGCGCUAUUACACUUUCCAGAGCCCUCUUUUCACUCUCUCAGUUGAACCCCAGAACCACUACACUCGCCGCCUGUAGAGGGAUGAGUUCCUCCUCCGCCUCCGGGUCGACUCAGCGUAUGUUCCAGCUUAAACUCAACCAACUCACUGGCGACUCGGAAUGGGUAGUCAUAGAAGAAGAAGAAAACGAAAAUGCAGAAUUUGGAAACCAGCAGUCCCUCCUCGCUACGACGUCGUAUCUCGACAUGCUCAAUGACUCCCCGAGAAACAAAGCCUUCCGUCAAGCAAUUGAAAAGACCAUCACUAAACCUUGUCACGUUCUUGAUAUCGGUGCUGGAACUGGCUUGUUAUCAAUGAUGGCAGCUCGGGCAAUGAGUUUUGGUGAUUCAGAGGAGAGCUCUGGUAUGAAUGGGAUGGUGACUGCAUGCGAGUCAUACCUUCCCAUGGUGAAAUUGGCGCGAAAAGUUCUCCGAGCCAAUGGCAUGGAAAGGAAGAUACGCAUCAUUAAUAAGAGGUCAGAUGAAUUGGAAAUUGGCUUGGAUAUCCCUUCGCGUGCAGAUGUCCUUGUUAGUGAGAUCUUAGACUCAGAGUUGUUGGGAGAAGGGCUAAUUCCAACUUUACAGCAUGCUCAUGAGAAGCUAUUGGUGGAAAAUCCUCAAACGGUACCUUACCGAGCGACGACUUAUGGCCAGCUGGUGGAAUGCAGUUACUUAUUGGAGCUGCAUGAUUUAGUUAAUAGAGAAGCAAAAGCAUCAGAUGGCAUUCACCUUGUUCCGAGUGGCAUGGAUACUGUUUUAUGCAUCAAACAACAACAAUAUGCGAUGCAUUGUGACGCGAUUAAAGAAGAGAUCAAACUGCUGUCAGAACCCUUCAAAAUUUUUGAUUUUGACUUUUGGAAACGGCCAGACAGUUUUGGGGAAACCAAGCUACACGUAAAGGCUACUAAUGAUGGUACUAUUCAUGCUAUCAUCUCAUGGUGGUUGCUUCAACUUGAUAGUGAAGGGACUAUCUUUUAUUCCACGGCGCCCGGAUGGAUAGGUAGCUCUUCUGAUGUGGAAAAGAUAGGAUCUUCCUUCCCUCGUGCUGAUAAUUGGUGUGACCAUUGGAAACAAACUGUUUGGAUCACCCCAGAUACCACCCUGACGGUGAGCAAGGACGAUGAGGUUAAAUUAAAUGCUUUUCAUACUGAAAUUAUACGAAGUGAAGNACAAACUGUUUGGUUCACCCCAGAUGCAAGCCUGUCGGUAUGCAAGGACAAAGAGGUUCAUUUGAAUGCUUUUCAUACUGAAACUAGAAUCUCAUACGAAGUGAAGACUUCAUCCCAGAAUAAAGAGGUUGAUCAUCUUGACUCAUGCAGUCAAGAUCGUCAUAUCUUUCUAUCACCAGAAAGAAUUGCAAUAUAUGGUGAUAAUAGCUGGAGAUGUUCAAUGUUGAAAGCCAUCGAGAGAGCUAUGCAGCAGAAACUUCAUCCCUUAUGUCUGAUUGCAGAUGAUAGCCUUUUCUUAACAAUUGCUGUUGCUCGUCUUGGCAAAGCUUCGCGUGUGAUAUCAUUGUUUCCAGGACUACAAGAUAAGGGUGCCAAGUAUUUGCAAGCGGUUGCUGCUGCAAAUGGUUACAGCAUGGAUUGCAUUGAAGUUACAAAGAAGAGGAACUUGCAGUUGACUCUGAAUGAGUCCUAUCAGAGAAAGGUUGACCUACUAAUUGCAGAGCCAUUCUAUCAUGGGAACGACAAUAUGCUUCCCUGGCAAUAUCUGAGGUUUUGGAAGGAAAGAACUUUACUUGAUUCCUUUCUAUCAGAAGAUGUGCUAGUAAUGCCUUGUAAAGGAAUAUUGAGGGCUUGUGCCUUUUACCUUCCUGAUCUCUGGCAAAGCCGUUGUUGCCUGAAAGAAAUCGAGGGUUUUGAUCAUUUGGUUGUCAAUACGACAUUGGGGGCGUGUGGAGAUUUACCGGUGGGAGAAGAGAGUCCUUGUCUGCCUUUGUUUGUAUGGAAAUGUGGGAAGACAAAGAAACUCAGUAACAUAAUUACAAUCAUGGAGUUUGAUUUCUUAAAACCAAUAGGUCCAUGUUCUGGAAAAGCUCAGGUUCGGUUUAAAGAGUCUGGAAUAUGCCAUGGAUUUGUUCUUUGGAUUGAUUGGGUGUUGGAAGCGGAGGAUAAUACUGUGUUACCGACGGGACCAGAACAACGAUACUGGAAGCAAGCCGUGAAGCUUUUAAGUAGUCCUGUAGAGGUUAUCGGUGGUCACUGUUCGUCAACGGAAAUCAAAGCAUCAUUUGAUCCUUCAAGUGGCGAACUCACGGCUUCAAAAAGGUUCAACACAAAACCCAUCAUAAAACCCUUGAACCAAACCUUUGCAUCAGCCGUUCAAUUCUUCUUCUCCUGGAAUUCUCUCCUGAACUCAGCCGCAACAACAACAAUGGCGGGGAUUGAGAAAAUCCCAAACAAUGAAGUUAUGGAUUCCAUAAAGAAGAAGCGAAAAAGAAAUAGGGACAAAAAGAACAAAAAAACCUCUCAACCCGAAAACUCAGAACGCGAAGAAGCGAAUAAGGAAUACUUGACACAAGGAGGCGAUGAUGAAAGGGAAGAAAUUGGAGAACAGAAAGCAGAAGAAGAGGCACAAGUUGGAGAAAAAAGGAAAAAGAGCAAGAAAAAAUUGAAGACGGAGCAAAAAGAGAAGGAAGCAGAGGAAAGUGAAGAAGUGGAGGUGAAGAGAGAGAUGACGAUACGAAGUGGGUCUGGGAUUAUGAGUACGGAGACAUUUGCGUCUCUGGGUUUAUCCGAACCUACAAUGAAUGCCAUCAAGGACACUGGUUUUCAGUACAUGACUGAGAUCCAAGCUCGGGCAAUUCCUCCACUUUUGGCACAAGAAGAUGUUCUUGGAGCUGCAAGGACAGGUUCAGGAAAAACCCUUGCCUUUCUGGUACCAGCUGUUGAGUUGUUGUAUCAAGGCAGUUUCAAGCCUCGCAAUGGGACUGGCGUUGUUGUCAUUUGCCCGACAAGGGAGUUGGCCAUGCAGACACAUGCUGUGGCAAAAGACCUCCUCAAGUAUCACUCACAGACAGUUGGAUUAGUAAUUGGUGGUGUCCCACGAAGAGUAGAGGCAGAGCGCAUUGUCAAAGGAGUUAAUCUUAUAGUAGCAACACCCGGUCGUCUUCUUGACCAUCUUCAAAAUACUAAAGGCUUCAUAUAUAAAAGCUUACGGUGCCUCGUGAUUGACGAAGCAGAUAGGAUUUUGGAAGCAAAUUUUGAAGAUGAUAUGAAGCAGAUCAUUAAAAUUUUGCCAAAGAAGAGACAAACUGCACUUUUCUCUGCUACACAGACUAAGAAGGUUGAGGAUCUUGCUCGCUUAUCAUUUCAGAAAACUCCUGUCUACAUUGAUGUGGAUGAUGGAAGAAAGCGGGUUACCAACGAAGGGCUGCAGCAAGGCUACUGUGUUGUCUCAAGUGCCAAAAGAUUUAUCCUUCUGUAUUCCUUCUUGAAGAGGAAUCUUAACAAGAAAGUGAUGGUCUUCUUCUCAUCGUGCAAUUCAGUCAAAUUUCAUGCAGAACUUUUUAGAUACAUUCAGAUUGAUUGUUUUGAUUACCAUGGAAAGCAAAAGCAGCAGAAACGAACUUCCACCUUUUUUGAUUUUUGCAAAGUGGAGAAGGGUAUCUUGUUAUGUACCGAUGUUGCUGCCCGUGGUCUUGAUAUUCCUGCUGUGGAUUGGAUUGUACAAUUCGAUCCCCCAGAUGACCCUAAGGAAUAUAUCCAUAGAGUUGGUCGAACAGCACGUGGGGAAGGUGCAAAAGGGAAUGCCCUGCUUUUCCUUAUUCCGGAGGAGUUGCAUUUUCUUCGGUACCUUAAGGCUGCAAAAGUACCCGUGAAAGAGUAUGAAUUUGAUGAUACGAAGCUUGCAAAUGUGCAAUCCCACCUGGAAAAGCUGGUUUCAAACAAUUAUUACUUGAACAAGUCUGCUAAAGAUGCAUACAGAUCUUACAUACUAGCUUAUAAUUCACAUUCUAUGAAGGACAUCUUUAAUGUUCACCGACUCGACAUGCAGGCUGUGGCUGCUUCAUUCUGUUUUACUUCCCCUCCCAAAGUAAACUUAAACAUAGACAGCAAUACAUCCAAAUUCAGGAAGAAGAUGAAAAACGUUGAAGGAAGUCGGAAUGGAUUCAGCGAGAAAAAUCCGUAUGGUAGGAAAGGUGAAGAUGAAACAAGACAGUUUGUUAGAUACUAG